AUGGCUUCAAUUCUCUCCUUCUGUCUCUUACUUUUUCUCUCCCUUUCCAUCACCACAGAGACAAACUGCGAACAACCCACAGAACAUAAACGAGCAACUCAACCGGAGAUUGUCCAAGCUUGUAAAGCAACUAGAUUUCAAGACACUUGUGUCUCAUCUAUGUCUAACUCUAACGUCCCUAAAAACGAAACCCCGCUUCAAAUCAUCCGAUCAGCAAUCUCUAUUUCCGAAGCUAACCUUAAAACUGACCAAUCAAUGGUCAAGUCUAUCUUAGACACGUCCAAAGACAACGCAAACCGCACAAGAGCCGCAAAGACCUGCGUUGAAACGCUAGAGAAUUCACAGUACCGUAUAACAAGAACGACGGAGGAUGGUUUGCCAGGCAACACGAAAAACGCUCGGGCUUGGAUGAGUGCUGCGUUGUUGUACCAAAACGUCUGCUUGGGACAAUUGAAGUAUGUCAACGACACGUCGCUCACUAACCAGACGAUGUCGUUUCUGAACGCGACGGCAAGUCUUACCAGUAAUGCACUGAGCAUGAUUGUGUCUUAUGAUGUUUUUGGUAAUGACACCAAAUCGUGGGGUCCACCGCAAACAGAGCGUGACGGGUUUUGGGAGAUUUCUGGGACGGUGGAGGAGGUAGGUUUGAGGUAUAGAGGUGGAUUUCCGCCUAAUUUAACGACGGACGUGAUGGUGUCUAUGGAUGGAAACGACGGCGGGUGCUAUAAAACGGUGCAGGAGGCCGUUAAUACGGCACCGGAUAAUGAGUGGGGACGUAGGUAUGUGAUACGUAUUAAGGAGGAGUUUAUGAGGAGAUAG